AUGCAGACUGUUCCUAGACGGUCGGGAGCCAGAGAUCGUGGCCAACAGACAGACCAGAUCGUGCUGGAGUUGUGCGUGCUACCGGUGGACGAACACGACUAUCUUCUGGACAAAGACCCUGUCGAAGAUCAGACAAUGAGUAAGGAGAAUGCCGCUAUUGGGACGAACAACCAAAAGGAGGUCGAUGCCUUCACCGAUGCCUUCAAGUCAAAGUGUUACCUCUGCGUGUUCAGUGGGGCCAAAUCAAAGCUUUGUGGCGCACGCGUCUGGCAAGGCUUUGGCCUGUAUGACGCCGAACUUGAAGAACUUGCGGUUGAGGUUGGGCUAUGA